CACAUUUCCUACUCGUGCCGAGUAAAUGCAGACACACAGCCUACAGUACGUGAACUUUUCAUGAUCACCUAUUUUACAUAUAUCUUUAUAUUGUUUACAAAAUAAAGAGCAGGAGAAGAGGCUGCGAUGUCUGUCAUGAGAAUUUGAUCUCCAUCACCUCGUUUGGCUGUUGCUAUCAGUGCUGAUCCACACAUAGUGAUGUUGCAGUUGUGUGUGCGUUGCCUGGUUCUGCUGUUUGGGGUGCAGUUUGUUUUGGCGCAACUGAAUGAUCUUGAUGAAGAGGAAGAAGAAAAGGGAAACAAAAGAAGCAAAAACAAGCCUAUCACCUCUAAUAUCAUCCCAAAAAACAACGAUGUGGAGUGUAAUUUGGAGCUUGCGUUUUUAGUGGACAGCUCAGAGAGCGCUAAAGACAGCCACACUCAAGAAAAACGUUUCGUUACUGACCUCGUCGACCGGAUUCAGAACGUCCGUCUUCAAACUGGACAAAGUCUGAACUUCAGAAGUGCCGUCCUGCAGUACAGCAGUCAUGUGAUCACUGAGCAAUCCUUCAGACAAUGGAAGGGUGUGGCCACCUUUCACGAUCACAUCGCACCCAUUCCCUACAUCGGGCACGGUACCUACACCACCUAUGCCAUCACCAACCUUACCCGUAUGUUCCUGGAGGAAUCUGGCCCUGACACAAUGAAGAUAGCCAUCCUGCUGUUCGAUGGCUUGUGGCAUCCCAAAAACCCUGACAUAUUUUCCGCUUUAACUGAUGCCAAAAACCAAGGGAUUCAAUUCUUCACAAUAGGUUUUACAGCUGCGGCCAAAAUGGAAGAGCUGCGACGACUGGCCAGUCCUCCGGCCACCCGCUACGUUCACAACCUACAGGACCGUGGUGUCGUGGACAAAAUUGUCAAAGAGAUUACCGAGGUGGCGAAUGAAGUGUGUUCAAUUUCCAAAAACUGCACAUGUGAGAAAGGAGAGAAAGGAACCAGUGGAUCCCCUGGUAAGAAGGGUCGGCCUGGUGAAGAUGGAAGUCCAGGAGCCAAAGGACAAAAGGGGGAGAGCGGGUCUAGUGGUUUUCCUGGACGAGACGGUACCGAGGGGAAACCUGGUUACAAAGGAGAGAAGGGUGAGAGAGGAGAAUGUGGACCACCAGGAAUUAAAGGAGACAGAGGUCCUGAGGGUCCCGUUGGCAACAGAGGAAGUCGAGGACUGCAGGGUUCGCCUGGACCUAAUGGGGACACCGGUCCUGAGGGUCCUCCUGGCAAUAAAGGGGAGAGAGGCUUUCCUGGACCACCGGGAAUUCAGGGUGAUACUGGAAUUGGCCUUCCUGGACCAAAGGGUGAUGUGGGGUUGCAAGGCAGAAUGGGUCCACCUGGUUCUCCUGGGAUUGGCGAGCCAGGCCUACCGGGUAUACAGGGGCCUCAGGGUUUGCCAGGAGAGAAAGGACAUCCAGGAGAAGGUUUUCCAGGGCCAAAGGGUGAGAGGGGCCUGGAGGGCUCGAAGGGACCAAGAGGGCCAAUAGGUCCAGGUAUUAAAGGAGAUAAGGGUGAUUGUGGUCCUCCUGGCCCUCCAGGACAAGUGGGGCUUCCUGGCACAGGAAUCCAAGGAGAGAAGGGGGUGGAAGGACCACGUGGACCCCCUGGAAGCAGAGGACCACAGGGUGAGGGUUACCCCGGACCGAAGGGCGAUCAAGGUUUACCAGGUGAGACUGGCACACCAGGAGAAAGAGGAGCAGGUGACCAGGGUCCAAAAGGAGAACCUGGGGCUUCUGGGUUGUCAGGAUUACCGGGUUUGCCUGGGGAGGAUGGCGCUCCAGGACAGAAGGGAGAACCGGGGGCGCCUGGGUUGAGAGGCCCUGAGGGAGCAGGAGGAGUGGGCAUCCAGGGUGAAAAAGGUGAUCAGGGUCAACGGGGAAUCCGUGGGUUAGCAGGACCGCCGGGAAUACCUGGACCCUCUGGGCCAAAGGGUGAACCCGGCACUCUUGGCCGACAGGGUUUACCUGGACUUCCGGGACGUGCAAUACCAGGACCAAAGGGUGAUGUAGGUCCACCAGGUCCGACCGGUCCAGUAGGAGAGACUGGAUAUGGAUUUCCAGGGCCAAAGGGUGAUCGUGGUGAGCCGGGUCCUCCUGGUCUGAGCGGUCCAAAAGGUGAAGGCUAUCCUGGUCCAGAGGGUGCUCGGGGUCCACCUGGCCUUCAGGGAGAAUCUGGUCCAGAGGGGAUUGGCUCACCAGGACCAAAGGGUGACAUUGGAUUCAGAGGUUUGCCCGGCCCACCAGGACAGCCAGGAGAAGGACUACAAGGACCACCUGGUACAAUGGGAAGGCCAGGACCUCCUGGGCCUACUGGACCACCCGGACAAGGCUUACAGGGUCCAAAGGGAGAUCAGGGGUCACAGGGUGUGGCAGGACCGAGGGGACUUCCUGGAGAAGGAUUCUCAGGGUCAAAGGGUGAUCGUGGAUUUCCAGGUGAGAGAGGAGGGAAGGGGAUCAAAGGUGACAUGGGUGAUCCUGGUGUUCCUGGACAGUCAGGUAGACCAGGCAUUAAAGGGGAGGCAGGGCUAACGAGGGAAGAAAUAAUCAAGAUGAUAAGGGAGAUUUGUGGCUGUGGUGUUAGAUGUAAAGAAAGCCCUAUGGAGCUCGUGUUUGUGAUUGACAGCUCGGAGAGCGUCGGGCCUGACAACUUCAAGAUCAUAAAAGAUUUUGUGGCGGCUUUAGUCGACAGACUCACCGUGGGCCGAAACGCCACCAGAGUUGGCCUCGUUCUGUACAGCCUGGAGGUACAGCUUGUGUUUAACCUCGCGCGCUACGUUUCCAAACAGGACAUUAAACAGGCCAUAUACAGGGUUCCUUACAUGGGCGAGGGCACGUACACGGGUUCUGCCAUUCGUAGAGCUACUCAGGAAGCGUUCUACAGCGCCAGGACCGGGGUGAGGAAGGUCGCCAUUGUCAUCACCGACGGCCAAACCGAUAAGCGGGAACCGGUGAAGCUGGACAUUGCUGUUAGAGAGGCGCACGCGGCCAACAUCGAGAUGUAUGCUUUGGGAAUCGUUAACACCAGCGAUCCGACGCAUGUCGAGUUCCUGCAGGAGCUUAAUCUGAUUGCUUCGGACCCUGACAGUGAACACAUGUACUAUAUAGAUGACUUCAACACUUUGCCAGCUCUGGAGUCUAAGCUGGUCAGUCAGCUCUGUGAGGAUGAAAACGGAGUUCUGAUCUUAAAUCGCAUCAAUGGUUACCAAAACGGCCACAGUAUUAAUGGCAACGGCAGAACCAACACACAUAAAGGCACCAGAGAGAACACCGAAACAACACGCUCUGAAAUAAAACCUGUCACUCAUGAAAGUGGGAUGGGUUAUACAUUUGCCCCACCCACUGUCGUUCCAGACAUUACUGAGGACUUGGAGCUUUUUACCAAGAAACCAAACACACGGAGUUCAGAGGAGAACAGAGGUCGAGGAGACACCCCAACAUUCACUGGGACGUCCACGCAUAGCAGACCUUCGUCAGGGAUGUCAUCAUCAUCAUCGUCAACUGUUAUCACAUCGUCAACCUCUGGGCAAUACAUACCAGCACCGCGGCCACCUUUACCUAAGGAGGUUGUGCUACUGGACCCACGCUGUGGGCUGCUCCUGGAUCAGGGUCCCUGUCGAGAAUAUAACAUCCGCUGGUACUACGAUCGGCAGGCCAACGCCUGCGCGCAGUUCUGGUACGGAGGCUGCAAUGGGAACCGCAAUCGCUUUGAUACAGAAGAGGAGUGCAUGAAGACGUGUGUGCAUGCGAGAGCGGGAGGCUGAAGUUUUCCUAAUCUGCUACUGCAACUGAUAGACCUGCACUGAAAUACACCAAUGCAGCACACAACACAACAGGACCUUUUCAAGACCCUUAGUUGAUUUUUGAUCUUGGACUGAAGGACAGAAAACACUCUGGAGAGGUGAUCAGUCCAUCACAGAACAUUACAACAUAAAAUAAGAUUUGAAUUUUCCAAAAAUCCAACGCAUGCAUUGGAGGACAAAAUGCAAUGAAUGUUCAGAAGUUACACAAUAUACAUACAAUAACACAUACACCGGAUUUCCAUACUGUUAAAUGAAUCAUGCAUUACAUCAUAUCAACACUGUGAUCAUUAUAUAUAUUUAGGCAUUUAGAGGACAAUUUUGUCCAAAGUGAUUUACAAAAAUAAGAAAAAUGACAGAGCUCGUUACUCGUUACUCAGAAAAGUAAUAUUACGUAAUGCACGUUAUGUCUGUCAUUUUGUAUCUAGUUUUUACUUUUAUAAAUAAAUGUUUUUUAUGUGGAUUAAAAACAUGGCUGUUUU